AGUGGAGUAGAACAAUCCAGUAGGCAGACGGAGUGGACAACCCAAACACUGUUAGCAGACAACUAUCAAACAACGGCGGCCUGACAGUCCACUAAACUAACAAAACACCUUCGCCGGUAAACAAUGUGACCGAGUGAGGAGGGACACCUCGGCGAGGACUGCGAGAAACGCAUGACAACCAACUUUGGUUGUCUUGAGGGGCACCAUGGCAUCUCAGCCGAGUGCAUACGAUGAAGAAAGGAACCUUCUUCGCCUCAGAGCAUGGGAGCAGAGGAACCAAGAAACCAGCCAAACCAAAGAACUUAACACUGAAAAUGUGCCACUCUUUGGGCAACCAUACAAGACAAACAAAGGGGACGAGCUUUCAAAUCGAAUUCAGAGGAUGCUGGGCAGUUACGAAGAUGUGAAUAAUUCCUCUCCUUUUUCCACUGAGGCUUCACCCAUUCCGAAUUGCGUGACCUUCUCACAGUCAGAUCUGGGUCAGCCAAAUACAGAUAAAUCAACAAAACAUCCAUUCCACAACCAUGUCCUUUACAUGUCCGCACAAAGCCAGAAAGGGCUGACUAGUAGCAGCUACUCCCCUCAGCCCGCGAGGAUGUCCACUGCUUCUCCUAACCAGGGACGAUCAUCCACUUUCUCAAAGCCUUCUUUGAGCCACAAUCAGCUCGACCACGUGGCACAUCAAGAAAAGAAGAGUGACGUCUUGUCAGAUCUCAGGGAGUAUGUCAACCUUCCCCAGGAAAUGUCUGCUCACUCUCCUGAUACUCAGCCACUAGCAUUCCUACAUUCCAAUGACCAACAUAACACCGACACAGACACUAAGGACACACUUGAUAGACAUCAGCUUCCAGGAUCCACAGAUCUUCCCUCUGACUCUGCUGUCAUCAUGGAUGUUUCCUCUAAAGAUGCAACUCUGCCUCAAGCCAACAAGACUAACACACUACCCUCCCAGACCUUUCCUCCACUCUUGUCAUCGAAGCAGCCCAGCAUAGUCAUGACUCAGAAGCCAACAGCGUAUGUACGGCCCAUGGAUGGUCAGGACCAGGUGGUCAGUGAGUCGCCUGAGCUAAAGCCCUCACCAGAGCCAUACGUACCACUACCAGAAGUAAUCAACAAAUCUGACCUGGGCAAAACAAAAAUGAUGCCACCAUUUUUGGAGACAAGGACAGAUGAAGCUCAGUGUGUGGAGGACAUCUUAAGGGAAAUGACGCACGCAUGGCCUCCACUUCUGCCGGCAAUACACACACCUAGCAGAAAUGAACCGUCAAAGUCCCUGUUCCCAGCCAAGGAAGCAGAGCAUGUCUCUUCAUGUCCAGGACAAAAAAACCAUGACACCUCUCUUGCAGAUCCAUCCCAUCUCAGCCAGCAGAGCUCCUCAUCUUCAUUUGAAGCAGCACAUUCCAGCGGGUUAGAGUCAAGCUCCAGCGACUCCGGCAGUAGCUCCGGAUCUGAGUCAGAUAAUGAGGAGUCACAUCAACCCCCAGUGGGCAGCUCUGUUAAAACUGAGCCUGAUGCUCCAGCAGUGAGCCAUGGUGACUGGCAGUUGGGGAACUGGAUCAGGCCCAGCCAACAAAACUCCACCACUGAAAGUCAAAGCAGUGCACACGUCUCUGAGAGCCCCAUGCAGAAAAACCGACUGCCCACUAAAAGCUCCAAGAAAUCCAGUGUAGAGGUGGCCGACCCCACUGGGCAGUCUAAGCCUCAGCUCUCCUCUCAUCAAAAAGAGUCUACUGACAACCUUCCAAUUCCCCAGGAGUGCAGGGAAAGCCCUCAGGACAACUGUUGCCACCAAAGUAGCCAAAAAUCUCUCUCUGCUGAUGUGAACAGCUGUAGCAGUUCCAGGAAACUCUCAAAACCAGCGAAGGCAGGUUGCCCAGAUCGCGCUGAAGCAGCAGUCAGUGCGAAGUAUGAGGAAGUUAUAACCACACAGACAAAAGAACCUUGUUUCACAGUCAGACCCAAGGUAAAGACGAAAACAGGACAUGGUAAGAAAAGCAGCAGUGACACUAAAAAAGACAUUAAAAGGACUAAACGCACACCACUUGUCAAGCAGAAGGCUGGGUCAGAGCCUGGAACUGAAGCCAUGCUCGUCCAGCAUGGUGAUUGUCCAUCAUGUGGUGUGCAUCAUCCUAACCCCUGCUCCUGCCCCACCCAAAGUCCUGCUCAGCCUGACCAGCUUUCUUCUGCCCCACCGGUCAGAAUCAGUAGUAGCAAACCCAAGCCAGAAUCCAUCUGCCAGAGGGGCGCCGACAAGCCUCACAAAACAAACCACAAGCACUUAGAGAAGCCUGAGCAUACAGCCAAGGGUUCACAGGACCUCCUCAGGCCUCCGAAAUCCCUGAUGGUGAAAAUAGAGCUAAGUCUGCUCUCAAGAGUCCCACAGACCUCCAGCAUUCACCAAAGGGUACCUAGCAAUUCAAAGAGAUCACACGGAGGAGGCAGUGAUGCUUCUACAUCACACAAACACAUGAAAACCAGCAAAAAGAGUAUACCUCAAAAUAUUGAGGCAGACAAUAUAAAACUUCCCACAAAGAAACAGAAGCUGGAAAACAAGAAUACCUCAAGUCAUGCGUCUAUGAAACUGGAAAAUUCUAGCAAUCCAUCAGAGGCUCGGGAGCAAAAGAAGGCCAAGAAAAAUCCUGUACACUUUCAGCCCCCUGCACCAUCCAAAGAUGCUCCUAAAGGCUCAAAAUUAGGCAAAUACUGUUCAGGGAAGACACAGGAGUCCAGUAGGGAGGCUGAAAAGAGCAAGGACUCCCGUAAGCACAAGAAGAGCAGUGGAAAACACACUGAGCACCCACGCCAUGAAAAGCAAAAGCCCCCAAAGAGCAGCCUGUCUGUCCUUUCACCUUUGCGGCCAACUAAGGAAGCUUUGAGCAGCAGGCCGAUGCUCAGAUUUGAGGAGAGGCAGCAUCCAGUAAAGCAUUACAUAAAAGAGGCCAAAAGACUGAAACACAAAGCAGAUGCAGAGUCUGAUAAGCUCAGUAAAGCUUUCAACUACUUGGAUGCAGCCAUGUUCUUUGUUGAGAGUGGGAUUGCCAUGGAAAAAGAUCCACAGAUUUCAAUGUCUUCCUACACGAUGUUUGCAGAGACUGUGGAGCUCCUUAAGUUUGUACUGAAACUCAAAAACUCAGUGGACCUGUCUGCUCCACCCUCAGAAAAGGACUUCAUAGCUUUAUGUUUGAAGUGCCAGUCUCUGCUGCAGAUGGCCAUGUUUCGCCACAAACACAAAACUGCAUUCAAGUAUUCAAAGACCCUCACUGAUCACUUUAAUAACUCUGCUCAGGCGACACACAAUCCUCCUGGCUGUACAUCGAAGGUUACAGAUAACCCGUCCCCCAGCAUGCCGUCUCCAGCCAACACAUCCACCAACUCAGGUCCCGGCUCCAACCACAGUGGCAGUGGGUUGGUUGUGGGCUCUGCUGGCGCCACCGUGGUCGUUCCUCAGGCCAUCGAACAAGUGGCCUUCAGCUACGUCAACAUUACUACGCUGUUCCUGAGCGCUCAUGACAUCUGGGAGCAGGCGGAGGAGCUGGCACACAAAGGCAGCGGUAUGCUGGCAGAGCUGGACACCGCGAUGGGCCCUUUGAACCUGGCUUCAAGUAUGAGCUCUAUGGUUCGCUACACAAGACAAGGUGUCCACUGGCUGAGACUGGACAGCCAAAAGGUAUGAAACUGGACUCAUGGAAACCCUUCAGAUCCUUUCCUUCACUUCGGUUUGUUUACCACUGAUCCUGACCUGAACUCUUCCUUGGACUUGUGGUCGUUUCCUGUAUUUCACGUGGACAUUAACUCUUUCCAUCAACAAAACGAUCAGGACGUCCUCUCACGUUUGCUCUUAAUUUUGAAUUUCCCGGCAGGGAGACAACACAGAACGAUGCACUGGCUAUUAAUUCUCCCUGGCACUUUAAAUCAUGGACAUCAGAUGUACAUCAACUCUUCUCUCGCUCCCUGUUUUGUUAUCAGGUGAUGUCAUGAUUCUGAAUUUUGAAAUCAGGGCUUUAUUCAGGAGUUACUACAUUUGGAUGAAGAACAUCAAAUAUUACUAAAAGUGCAAUUUGGUGGCCAUAUCUCAGUGGUUCUACCCAUGUAAUCAUGUAGCUGUGGUGCAAAUAGCGACAUAGGUUUUAUUUAUUAUUAUUAUCUUCCCAGCUUUUGUUAAUAAUGUUAGCAUUUUGACCUUUAAUUAGACAGUAAUCAGGAAAACAAAAUGCACUUGAAUUACAUUCAGACUCUUCAGUCCAGUUUUGGCCAAAUGAUUUAAUUUCACUAAAGUUUCCGUCUGAAAGAUUGGUUUAAUCUGGAUUCUGGGAUUUUUUUUUUUUUUUUUUACUCUGUCACACAGAGCUGAAGUAACUUCUUCUAACAUUUCUAAUCUUGGCUGUGUAGCAGUAGAAGUAAAUCAAAUAUGGGGACAUUUUCUACUCCAAAAAAUAUGAAGUGUGUUGCAAAAGUGGCCACAUAGUAACGUUAAAUCAGAAUUUAAUUUAUUACUUUUAGCUAAUUCCUCUUCGGAAUCUGAAUUUUCAGUUCUUCAAAUGAGUUAAAUUGACAGAGCUCUGCUUGUAUUGAAACACGCUUCAUGUGCAAUAAUCACUGAGGAUCAGUAACAGACGUGCCAUUAUAGCGGUACAUCGAGAUGCAUUGAAUUUACGCUCCUAAUGUAACUAAAGAUUGAAGAAGAGACAUAUUAGGAAAGAUUUUUUUUAGUACUUCAGGGGAAACAUCUGGACAUUUAUAACUGAUUUCACAGCAGAACCACCUUCUUCCCUCUUACCUUUUAACUAAGAGCUUAGUGAGCAUCGGCUGUGUGGUUCAGGACCCUGGUGGCUGUUGCACUGUUGCUGGUAAUGACCGGUUCAUCAGAUCAAAACCAGACUUGAUGUUAUUCUUGUCAGCCUGUUGAAGAGGAUUGCACUGUCCUCAUUCUAAUGGAACAUACAUGUUGUAAAACAUUAUUCACAUGCUUACAUCGAAAGAGUUUUAGGUCCCUGUAAUCAUUCCUCAAAUCAGGGACAAAAUCCAGAGUGAUAUUUUCCUGUAGUAAUGCAUCCCAAAGCUAGUGUGAGGCUUUAGCAGCUGCUGUUCUCCAAAUUGCAGCCAUACUGGCCCCAAAAUCUUCCCAUUUGUGCCUGAAAUUUGGUCCCAUCACAAUACGUAAAUUACACUGGCUUAAUUUAGCAACAAACAUAACAUAUCCCAGGUAAAGGGAGGCGACGCUUGCAUUUGUUGCUUGUGGGAGCAAAUAAAGUUUGCUAGGUGAACUUACUUUUUCCAGGUUUUGCAUUUGUGCAUUUUCCUUUAUCCAGUUAAGUUGCUCAAACAGAUUGCAUGUGAACAAAGGUCACAACAGCCACACAGCACAAGAAGAGAAUUUUCAAUUGGCUCGUGUUAGCUUCAGCUGAAUCUUUUUAAGGCAUUUUUAUCCAGAAUGAGGACUGGGGAUUUUUUCCCUCAACCAUUGUGCUGAAAUCUUUUGACCAAAGGGUUCCCACUGGACUGAUUACAGCAACCAAAAAGCCCUUCAAUGUAUGUAGAAAUUUAUAAAUAUAGUUUAACCAGAGAUGUGUCUACAAACGAGUACUUUUAAAAUCAAAAAGGGGCAAAUAGCCUGACAUCCCAGUGUUUCUUUCUGUAUAGUGCUGGAUGUUUUGAUUCACAUCCGCCAUGUUUGUUAGUUUGAGUCAAUGAACAGAGGUGAAACUACAGUAGUGUUGCCCUUAAAAUUUUGCACCAAGAAGCUGAAUUCACAUACAUGAUUCCACUCUUUUGUUGAGUGCAAAAUGUAAACUAAAUCUAAAUGGCCCAACAGAGCUUACUAAAGAAUGCAGAGUUUCUUUUGAGUAUUUUGUAGUAAAUUUGAGUGUGUUAUUGUACAGAAGACCUCCCAAGACCGGCAGGGCUGUGCUAGUCUAUUAUUGUUUACUGUACGUUUGACUCUGAGCAGUAAUGUUUAGUCGGCGCUUAAAAAAAAAAAAAAGUCGGAUUCUUAUUUAUAAAGGUGGAAUACAGUCAGUAGAAAAUAGUGAUGCCGCAAAAUGAACAUUGAUUUAGACUCGCGCAUGUAAAGAGCGCCAGUAGUGCGAGUGGGUUUAGAAAAGUUUUCACGUGUUAAUUCGGUCGUGUCAAUGCAAUCACACGACAGAUAAAAAGGGCUUGAUGAGGAUUACAAAGUGUUCCUGAGUUUAUUUUCUCACGUCAGAUAAAGUGAUAUUUUUUUAAGUAAGCACGAGUACACUGGUGCCACGGUGGAAUUUGGGAUUGUUUUUAUGUACGGACCGUCAGCAGGCUGCGACAGAAACAGUCUCUAGAGUUUCUAUAGUGAAGUUUCAUUCAUAAAUAGCUCAACUUCAUCUGUUUUCUGAAUUUCUGGGUUCUCGUCUUAUCUGUGGCUUUCUUUUCAUUAUGCUCAAUUGUUGCUGCUUCAUUUUUGGAUUACCCUGCAACAGGUUUGUCCAGAUAAUUAUUUACUGCAAAAAAUGUAGGUUUCUGAAGGAUGCUUAUUUUCCAUUUUGUGAAAUAUGUAAAAAUUUGUGUUGCAGUGUACAGAUGUGAAUAAACACUGGAAACUAA